AUGAAGGUAAAAGUUGUGUGCAGGAAGCUGUAUGACGACGUCCAAUACGAUCUCAAAGAAAUAGUUUUCCCUUCUUCAUUGCCUGAUCCUCCCCACUUCAAAAAGCGCCGCAAAUUGACUUGGCACGAGCGCUUCUUGCUUCGCAGAGAUAAUGGUUUGGGUUCGUCUAGGGCAUAUCCUGUUUCUCCUCCAAGUCUUACAAUAUUGAACCGUGAUGACAACUUCGAGACACUUGAACAUCGACAACUUCCCCCAAAUUCUUCUUCUAUAAACUUAUAUUCUCCCUUAACCUUCAAUGAUUCAGACACAGAUAGAGAUGAAAUUGGUGGGUCAAGUUCAAAUGGUCGCAACCAAGACGAUUCUCUGAUCAAACAUGGUGAAUACUGGGCUCAACAUGAUGAACUACAUGGUGCUUGUUUUAAUGCCUCAGAAGUGACCACUGGAAAAACUAAUGAUAAUACAAAUGAUGGCAUAGCUGAGAUUUCCGAUGAUGAAAGGUUGGAUAAGAUGGAAUUUUCAUCUAACAUCUGGGAACAUGUUGAAUCUGAUGACUUUAUGGAACGUGUGUGUCAAGGUUUAGAUUCUCGGCCCUCUUCCCUUGGUGGAAAUCAGGCCAUGUUAAUUCAGCUCCCAUCUCAUAUUCUACCAUUAAACCAUGAUCCCUUGAUCUUACCAGCUGGGAGAGUCGGUGAUCAUGUUGAUAAUGAUCACCAUGGAGUUCGACCAUUAAACCAUGAUCCCUUGAUCUCAUCAGCUAGGAGAGUUGGUGAUCAUGUUGAUAGCGAUCACCAUGGACUUUGUGUACCAGAAAAUAUGGAGGAUUCUCAGAAAGUGUAAUGCUUUCACCCGCUCAGAAUCCCUUAUGAACAAUUUGCUGACAGGGUUGACCAACUAUCCAAAUCCCAAGAUAGCUCAAAAGGGGAGAGGCAAGUUUCACAUUACUUUCUUAGCUGUGGGAUUUAUUGAAUUCAGGAAUAGAGAAACAUUCCCAGAUGAGACUGAAGCCUGUAAACACUGCAACUGUAGAAGAUCCAGAUGUUUGAAACUGGUUUCCUGUUUUCUUAUUCAAAGAGUCACUGUUACGUUCCGUUGAAAUUAUGGAUCUCGGUGUGGGCUUCUGUUUUGGCGUUUGGGCCUGUGCCCUCCUUAGUUUAUGGCCUUUUGGGCUUUUAUCCCGCUUGGAGGCUGUCUGACCCUAUUUGCAAAGGCACAGUAAGUUGCUUCUAUUGUGAAAGUCUCUAAAUCUGUGUUCUUAAGUGUUUUGGGUUGGGUUGUUUUGGAAUGCGUUUGAGCUGUUUUUAUGUCCAGUUUUCUUUUGAUAGUAUUUAAUUUUAAAAAGAUUAGUAAAAUAUUUUUGAACAUAACUGUUUAAUUUUGAAGCAAUUGUUUUAAAAUUAAAUAAGUUUAAAAAAAUUUAAUAUAAUUUAAAAUUUUAAGGUUUUUUACUUCUCUCUGUUAAUUUGUCCAAAACAGUAGUAGUGAUUUAAAGAAGGUUUUAAUUACCAUAAAUGUUACCGUUGCAUUAUUCGUAAUCUGAACCUGCUUUUAUGUUAUUUGGACAUCAUGCUUUGGAUUUUUCUGUUUAGUUGUAAAGAAUUUUUUAUCCGGUACAGAUUUUUAACUGGCCUGCUGUAGUUAAUUUUCUCUCUUAUUCUGCUCCGACUUUAUUCCUGUCAUAUAGUGCCUGAAUAGCUUCUUCAGUAGUUGCUUUUUUUUUGUCUCGAUAAUA